CAUUACCAGCGGCGGGGGGACUUUUCUUUGCGACAACACCACCUAUUGCGAACUAGACACCGCCGCUACUAAGAGUGUCGGACACAUCACAAGCAAAAAUGGCAGCCCCCGAGUCAAAAACGAAACUAGCCGUCGCAGUCGAGAAGCCAACCCCAUACAACUUUGAUCUCGGCCUGCUCCUCGCCAGCGACCCCAACCCCGUCACCCUCGACCGCGCCGACCUCGAGUCCUCACUGCGCGAUCUGGCCCGGGACGGCGCACAGGCGCUGGUGAACCAGCUCCUGACGGCGUGUCCGAUCCAGUCCACCCCCUCCGGCGUCCUGCUCUCCCUCCCGCCGCAGCAGACCCCCCUGCCGCGCGAGAAGCCCGUCCCGGCCGCCAAGGAGCCGACCAAGUGGGAGCGCUUCGCGGCCAAGAAGGGCAUCAAGCCCAAGACGCGCGAGCAGCGCCGCAACACCCAGUACAACGAGGACAAAGGGGAGUGGGAGAGGAAGUGGGGGUACAAGGGCGCAAACAAGCAGGUGGAGAAGGACUGGCUCGUCGAGGUCGACCCGGAGAAGGAGGCCAAGCUCGGCGACGGCGAGACGAUCCGCGGCGCCUCGAGGAGGGAGCGCGUCGAGCGCCAGAAGCGCAACGAGAGGAAGAUGCGCAAGAACGAGCGCGACGCUGUGCAGAAGAGGAAAUGAUGGGGGUGCCACCCCCGUCGCCCCAUCUUCUCGUCUGCGUGUUUGUGUGUGUGUGUCGUCUUUAUUCUACUUGUUCAUCAUCGAGCUAAUCACGCCGUGACGCAUCGGCGGUGUGAAAAUUCGCCGCCCUUCCUUUUUUUCGGAUGGGCUUCGUCAUGACAUUUCUGUGGUGUUUGGCGUUUGGAGAGGGGGGGGGUUUACAUACAAGAUCCAGUAUAGAUCUAUCCACGGCAGCGUUCACGACGGCGUUCGUCUAUCCCUGCGCAUCACGGGGUAUCGGUGGUUUUAGAAAAUUGUCACUGAGGAUCUAGCCUUGCCCCACGUGGCCAACAAUUUGUAUGGCGAGGUUGUCUAUUAACCUUCUGUCGAUGCUGGGGUACCUAGAUGUCUGGCCGGACCUUGCUACCUGAGGAAAGAGAUACAAGAAAACGGCAAAAGCAGACAUAGCAAAAAGGAUGAAAAGCCAUCUGGAUACGGUUGGAUAAGCAUGUCCCAAUUAGCCGUAUUUGGACUGCAUGCUACUCCUUGACAUGGCGCAUUCAGCCCCGAGACGGACUCGAUGCUCUCACGUCUGCAUGUUCGGGCAGUCAAAUUAGACGGUCCCAACGCGACAGUGCGCCGUAGGCGAGACGCGUAACGCAAUUAGCUAGGAAGGGGUAAACUUGCGCAAGAUAAUAAGUUAUAAUUCCAUCAAGCGCCGGGCUGCGUCAGAGGUAUUCAAACCCAGGAACAUGGAGGCUCCAAGCCGAAAUUGUCAAAUCGAAGGAAGCCGAACAAAUGAAAUAAAAGCUAGAAUAAAGAACACGAGUGAAGUUUAAGGACGAAAAGAAAA